GACACUUCCAGACGAGCAGCGGAUUCACAGUCGUCUUCUAGAGCUCUGUCAGCGGAGUUGCUGCAGAUAUUGAAAGGUCAAUUGGUGCAUAUUGUUCAGGAUCUGACAGAUAUAUUGGAUCGCGAUCGCUGAACAUCAGCCGACAUGGCUCCUCGCGAGGAGCUCAUCUCCUCCGCCGUUACUUUUCUCCAGGACCCAUCUGUCGCAUCUUCGCCGCUAGAGAAACGGGUCGCCUUUCUACAAUCAAAAAACCUCACGCAAGAAGAAAUAGAGAUCGCUAUUGCAAGAGCAGGUGAAGAGUCUGUACAAACCACCACUACCACAACAACAUCGCCUGUAGGGUAUAAUCAGCAGCAAUCGCCUGUUUAUCGGCCGACCGUUCCCCAGUCAGGCUAUGGUCCUGGUCCGUACGGUCAAUGGCAACCUCCUCCAGACGUCCCUAGGAGGGACUGGCGGGACUGGUUUAUCAUGGCAACAAUAACGGGAGGGGUCGGUUAUGGGUUAUAUGUCUUAGCCAAGAGAUAUGUAGUGCCUAUAAUAGCGCCUCCUACUCCUCCACAAUUAGAACAAGACAAACAAAGCAUUGACGACGAAUUCGCCCGCGCUUUUGCCUUGAUUGAUCAGCUGUCCACAGAUACGGCAGCCUUGAAAUCGGCAGAGGAAGCCAGGACCGAACGCUUAGAUGCUGCUCUUCGUGAGGUUGAGAAUGUACUAUCGGAGUUGAAGUCAUCCACUCGGCGGCGAGACGACGAAACUCGCCGAAUAAGUGACGAGGUUAAGAACUUGAAGGACAGUAUUCCCAAAGCACUUGAAGGCGCAAGGGAAGGAAAUGAAAACAAACUUAAGGAGCUUGGAACAGAACUCAGAAGUCUCAAAACUCUGUUGAACAAUCGUCUUAGCGCUGGUAACUCUACUAGCACCCCGGCUACAGGACGUCCACUUGGGUCAACUCCUGAACCAGCAUCUUCCCCAGCAAUUGGUCUCCCGGCGACUACCCCAUCCACUACUGUGCCAAGCAAUGCUACUAUUUCUUCAGCCUCCAACAGCCAAACCUCGAGUUCCGCGGCUUCGGCUAACCCUCUGUCUCAACUGGGCAAAUCGGCUUCUAUUCCUGCCUGGCAGAUGGCUGCCGCGAAUAGGUCGAAGACACCUCAAUCAGCCGCGCCUACACAUGGCGAGGAAUCACAGAGCAGUGCACCUGCAAGCUAAGCGAAGCUUCGGUCAUUAUAUACAUGUCUAAGUGGCCUUUGUAUUUUGCAUCUGGGAGACUUGCUUUCCACAUUGUAUAUUUGGAAUUCUCUUCAAUUAAUAUUCUCGAUGUUUUUUUCCUGGA